UCUACUCUCCUUGUUAUGAUCGUAUUACAGUAUUGCUCCACCCACAAAGGCAGAGGAAGAAGGAAGGGGAGAUUAGGGGUUUUCUUUUAUCAGCCCCAAUCCUCAAUUGCUUCUCAUUAACAGAUUCAGCGUUCUAUGGCUUCUUCAAUUUGCAUAAACGAGAUGCUGACAGAUGACGAGCUGCGGUCGAUUCUGUCCAAGCUGGAGUGCGACAAGGAUAAGGAGAUAUUUGGGUUGGUAUGCAAGAGAUGGCUCCGCUUGCAGAGCACUGAAAGGAAGAAACUUGCUGCUCGGGCAGGACCUCACAUGCUUCAGAAGAUGGCUGCUAGGUUCUCUCGUUUGAUUGAAUUGGACCUUUCUCAGUCAAUUUCCAGGUCCUUUUAUCCUGGGGUUACUGACUCUGAUCUUUCGGUCAUUGCUAAUGGGUUCAAAUGCUUGAGGGUUCUCAAUUUGCGGAAUUGUAACGGUAUUACGGAUAGUGGAAUGCGGUCAAUUGGAUGUAGUCUUUCUUCUCUACAGUCAUUGGAUGUAUCAUCUUGCAGAAAGCUAACAGACAAGGGGUUGUCAUCUGUUGCUGAGGGUUGUAGAGAUCUAUUUAGCCUACAUCUUGCUGGAUGCAGAUUUGUUACGGAUGGUUUGUUAAGAGCUCUCUCUAAGAACUGUCCUGAUCUACAAGAGUUGGGCCUUCAAGGAUGCACCAAUAUAACUGACCACGGGCUCACAGAUCUCGUUAGUGGUUGCCAGCGAAUCCAGUACUUAGACAUCAAUAAAUGCAGCAAAGUUGGGGACACUGGAAUUUCCGAUCUUUCAAAGGCAUGUUCAUCUUGUCUCAAGACACUGAAGUUGUUGGAUUGCUCCAAAGUUGGGGAUGAAUCUAUAUCUUCCUUAGCCAAAUUUUGCAAUAAUCUUGAAACCCUUAUCAUUGGUGGCUGUCGAGACAUCUCUGAUAAGUCUAUAAAAUCAUUGGCCUUGGCCUGUAAAAAUAGUUUAAAGAAUUUGCGUAUGGACUGGUGUUUAAAUAUCUCCGACUCUUCAUUAAGCUGUAUCCUCACUGAGUGCAGAAAUCUAGAGGCUCUUGACAUUGGAUGCUGUGAGGAGGUUACAGAUGCUGUUUUUCAAGGUUUAGGAACUGUAGAAACUGAAUUGAGGCUGAAGGUUUUUAAAGUUAGCAACUGUCCAAAGAUAACAGUGACUGGUAUAGGCUUGCUUUUGGAGAAGUGCAACACUUUAGAAUACCUUGAUGUGAGAUCCUGCCCACAUGUUACAAAGUCAGGUUGUGAUGAGGCUGGCUUGCAGUUUCCUGAACGGUGUAAAGUAAAUUACACAGGAAGCUUGAAUGAGCCAGAGGUUCUAGUUUGAGACCCCAGAUUUUAACAGAUUGGAAUUCUGGAGAAGUUCUAUCAUUGGAAAUUCCUAUGCAAUCCCUUCCUGAAAAGUCAAUUGAGUAUCAUAAUGAACAAAGGCUUUUGCCAGCGAAUCUUCUCCUGUUCUUGUACAAACUAUGCGUUUGACUUGGAUUAAUUAAUGUUUGGCAUCUAUUAUCUAUUUUUCACCUUGGUUUUUAUGUAUAUUUUGCAUGUACAUUGUUUCUUCUGUUGUUUUGCGUGUCUAUUUAUCUUUGUUUUUUAUUUUCUCUUAGUCCUUCCAGCGGUGGAAUGUUGUUGUAAGAUGUUCAUUUUCUUGGUAUAAUAAUAAUAAUAAGAUCCUGUUUAUGAUC